GCACGUGGAUGCACUUUACGCAGACGCUGGGAUGUUUCUUUUGACAGCUGCCCGCGGCUCGUGACAAACAGCGGUGCCCGAAGUGAGCUGUCACCGGUUGCCAGAGCUGCAGCCUUGAGUCCUGACAUCCUCCAUCUAAGAAAGCCCCACUCGUUACAAUGGCUCUGGGUUGGACCUAAACUGCUCCUGUCCCCUGCUGAUCAGCAUACUACCCCUCACAUCCAUCCUGUUUUUUUACUAUUUCCCUUUGACAUUUCUUUAUGGAUUCUUUUAAAUAAACUCCAACCAUGGCGAGUCUUGUACUGAAUGAGACUGGAAUGGAGGAUUGUGGGAUUGACGAUUCCUUCAAAUACAACCUCUAUUCAGUGGUCUACAGUGUGGUUUUUGUGCUUGGUUUGGUCACUAACUGCGCCGCACUUUUUGUCUUUUGCUUCAGGAUGAAAAUGCGGAAUGAAACAACGAUGUUUAUGACUAACUUAGCGCUAUCUGAUUUAGUUUUUGUGUUCACAUUGCCAUUUAAGGUUUUCUACAAUGUCAAUCGUCACUGGCCUUUUGGAGAUGGGCUAUGCAAAGUCUCCGGCACUGCUUUUAUCACUAAUAUCUAUGGGAGCAUGCUGUUUCUUACUUGUAUCAGUGUGGAUCGAUUUUUGGCUAUCGUGUACCCAUUUCGGUCUAGGUCAAUCCGAACUCGGCGAAACGCGGCUUUGGUUUGCGCGGCGGUUUGGUUGACGAUCGUGGGAGGAGGGAUUUCAGUCACGUUCUUCUCCACCAUCAACAACAAACACAGGGCCACCACCUGCUUCGAGGGGUUCUCCAAGAGUACCUGGAAGACCUACCUGUCCAAAAUCACCAUCUUCAUCGAGAUUGUGGGUUUCCUGUUUCCACUCCUGGCUAACCUUGUCUGCUCCUCCCUGGUCCUCCGCACUCUCCGUCGCCCGGUAACUAUCGGCCAUAGCGACAACAAACAGCGGGUCUUACGAAUGAUAGUGGUCCAUUUGAGCAUCUUUAUCAUCUGCUUUGUCCCCUACAACUCCAUCCUUUUCCUCUACGCCCUUGUCCGAACCCAAGCUUUGGCCAACUGUGCUGUGGAGAAAUUUGCACGGACUCUAUAUCCCAUAACCCUUUGCAUGGCUAGCCUCAAUUGCUGCUUGGACCCUGUGGUGUACUACUUUACAUCCGAAAGUUUUCAGAAAAGUCUAACUCUGGGAGCUAAAGGAUCAGGAUCUAGAGCAGAAAGCAUCCCACGGAGCGAUACCGAGAUUCAAGACCCUAGCAACACACUUCCAAAAGAUACGCAUAGCAAUGGGAAGGAAGUGUCCGAAAGCAAGUUUUGAAUUUGGAAAAGAAAGAAAAAGUUGGAACAAUAAUUUUCAGAGCAGAUUUGACUAAACCUGAAUUACAAAAUAAAGUAAUCAGAUGUUUGUUCACCAAGUGGAAAACACAUAGCUCAGCAGAUUAGGCAGGUCCGAAGAGGUAAAUCCCGAGCUAUGGCCUGGGAUUAAGGAUUAAUCCAAUACUGGACCAAUGGGAUUUUUGUGAUGAGAAAGACCAGAGACAGAGCAGAGCAGCAAUUUUACUUGGGACGGAAGGUGGCUGCUGACUUGGGUCAAAAUGACUGCCAUGAAAGCGCUUAACAAACUGCCCAUGUCUGACAAAUGCACUGUUAAACCAUGCCAUGUAAUUUGAUAGAAUUGCUAACAGUAUUCUGAAUGGGCAUUAUUCAACCACAGUGGCUAUGUUCACAUGGACACCGAAGUCUGAUUAUUAUCUGACUUACAGAUUUAUCAGAUUUAUUUAAGUGACUCACAAACCACAAAAUCUGAUGUGAGUAAUCUGAGGGACAAUGAUCACAAAGAUAUCAGAUGAUUUUGGUGUUUAUGUCAUCUUACAACAAAAAAAUGAUAAAACUAUGGUUUAGAGUGUGCAGACUGCAGCCACGGGUAGUUGCAUAGUAAUAAUACAAGGGUCUCUGGUCAUAUAUCUAUAUCUUGGUUGAAUUCAUAGAGAAAUAGUGGAAAAACUUGGAGAUGGUCAAAGCUAUUUUGAUUUGUAGUACUGGUAAGUGUUUUCGUUGUUUACCUAACACAAAUGCAAAUAUUAUUAUAGCACAACAUUUGUUCACUAUAUUGAUUUAAGAUACUAUAAAUAUGGCUCCUAUUAGCAUUAAAGUAGCCUUAAAUUUGAUUACUAUACUAGUUAACUGGUACAGAUGUUUUAUUUUAUUUAACUUCCUUUUACUUUGAAACAUGUGCAAUUAUCUGUAUUCAUGAAAAGUAAAAACACUCCCGUUAAGUCAAUCCAAUGAUAUCACACAAAAAAAGUGAGAGAGAGAUACUGUGACGAUGUGCAAAAGGCAGCAGGGACAUACAGUAUAUCCCUUGUUUACAUUUCAUAUGAUUUAUAUGGUAAGCUUAGUUUAGUAAUUAACACCUUUGAAGUUGCGACAUCUCUAUUUCCAAAACUUGCCUAAAAUGUUACUGUUACAAAAGGCUCUUCUCCACCAAAUGUCCACAGAUGCACUGACGUUUAUUUGAAAGUACUUUAGGAACACCCUGAGCCUUAACUGUUGUUGUUUUAAACUCUGCACAUUAUUUCAUAUCGUGGUUGUAACACUCUUUAGUGCAGUUUGACUUGUUUGUGUAGCAGCAGUGCACCAACCUGCUGGGUUAUGUGUGUCUCAUGUUGAAGUUUGAGGCCAUUAAAAGUUAAAUGUUUUGAA